GCUCGUUGAUGUUAUAAAUGUUGCAGUAGUACAGAAAUUCUCUUAGACUCAACGCAAAUAAUUAUUUGGAAGAAGAAGAAGAAGAAGAAGCACGCAGUUUGCUAAGUGAUGGAGAUUGGUGGGAAAAUUGGGUUGGUUUGGUUUUCUCUGGGGAUUUUCCUUCUAUUUCAAAAUGCUCAGGCCUUUAAUAAAACAGACCCUACAGACAAUGUAAAUCUAAGUCCAUUCUAUGCUUGGGAAAGUGCUUACUACUGCAUGAACAGAACAGCACCUUCUCAAUGUUCGGCAAAGGGGCAGCUGACAUUCUCAGGAAUAGUGGACGUGGCCGCAAAUGAGUCCAGAGAAUACUGCAGCUCAGGUUGCUCAGCACACGCCUUGGAGGUUCUUAAAUGUAUCUACCUCUGCAAAAGGGACUUCUGGUUUCAUAACAAUGCCACUGUGCAUGUCCUCAACACAACCAUCACUGAGGGAUGUAAGAAUAAUAAUUCAGCUAUUUCGACAGUGGAUUACAAAAGCAGUGGCAUGAAGGUGUUCCAAAAGAUGCACGUACCAUUUGUUGCAUCACUCUCAACCUUGGCCUUCAUAGCGACGUCCAACAUCAUGUGAAGAGCUUUUCCUUGCAUGCAUGGACAUGGAGACAGAGGCACGGCCAUCUCAAUAAGGAUCAACAAACACUUAAUUACUUCUGCAACUGUCUCAGAGACUUUUUUUGUUUCUACUUAUUUCAAUUCUUGUAAUAUAAUCGCGAUUAAAGAUCAAUAAACCCAUAAAAGUUUAUCUGUGUGA